ACCAUGUAUCAAACGUAUUGUUUACCACUUUUACGAGGGAUUCGACACGUCAAUUUGUGUUUUGUCUGUUUUUUGUACUUAGAUUUCAAUAAGGAUCAGCAAAAUAUUAGAUUUGUCUCUACCUUGGUGGCAUUGUUGAAAGACCGUGGACUGCCGCUUUGCCUUGGAGGUUUUCCUGGAUGGGGAAUUGUGUGAGGACAUAACGGUGUUGGCUCGAUGACAGCAGACCCGCCAAAGGCAGUGGACACUGCACAAUAGGUUGUUCAUUGCGUUUCAGGCACAAGCAGGGAUGGAUGACAAUCAGUACUCGAGCCAGGUCACAGUGUUAGGCUGAGAGAAACAAACUGAGGAAUGGAUGGAGUCUAAUUUUGUGAACUGCAACCUGGACGGUAAAAGUACAGGUCCAGGCCUGAUGGCUUCGGAGGAUAAGGAUCAGGCGAGCUUCCCGGAAUUUCACGUGCACGCCACCAACUACACCAAGGGACAACUGAAGAUGAAAUUAAAAAGCAAUAAGAAAGCGGGAAUUAUAGAGGUUCAGCACAAACCGGAGGAGGUCAGCUCGUCACCUGAGGUCCAGACUGAACAGGAGACUGAAGAAGGGCUGGAUAACACUGAGAAAUGCAGCUCUGAGUUUGGAGCCAAGUCUAGCCAUUCAGGAGCAACAGAGCCCAACCCACCACCAACACCUCCUGUCCUCAGCACCAGCAAGUCAACCAAGGUGACCACCGGAAACCCAACCAUGGAGUCGCUCAUGGCGCUGACCAAUCACGCCGACUCUGGCGCUUUCCUGCCGGCAAACAGCGGAAGCUCAAUGUGCGAACCGAUGAACUUUGGCCAGGUGGGCCCGAUGGGACAUGAGGGGAACAACAACAGGGUUGAGGGAGCUGCUGAUGGCUAUGUCAACCCUUGCGUGAGUAUUGGCAGCCAGUCAGCCAGUGAUGUAGCCACUGCAGAGUACCUGCAGAAGCAGGAGGAGGAAGAGUUGCUUCAGGCUUUUGCUGACUCGACAGUUGCUCAGGGAAUAGCCCAGGCUUUGGACGUGGACUCACUGACACCGUCGUUCGUGUCCGAGCAGGGUUUUGAAUUGAGUGUGGCAGACGUGGACCUCGAGCCAGAGGACAGACUGCACUGCCGUUUUGCGCCCAAGUCGGAAGCGUCAGGCAUGGAGAAUGAAAACGUCAACAGAACUCAGGAAUGUGAUCAGUCAUUGCUCAUGGCUGGAAGAACUUCGGAAAAUGCAAUAGCCAUGGAAUUGCCAACCAGUGAAAUAGCCCAGCAGCCCGAUAUUCAUGUUCCUCCGACUGGAAUACAGAUGGUAGUAGAAGUUAUGGAAAUGGAGGAUGGUCAAGACACAGCGUUGGACUCUUCAAAUCCUCCAAAUGAGACACUGGAUUUUGGAUACCGCUCCUACUCGCACAAUUUUGGAGCUGACGCUGUCAUGGAGAAGGAAUCAGACUUGUCAAAUCUUACCGGUGAUGAACAGGAGGUGGACAGCAAAGCCAUUUCAUUGGCCGUGGUUGUGUCUGAAUCCCAGUACACUGUCCAUUCGGGUUACAGCCCAAAAGCUAAGCAAACCACCUCACCAAAGUCACAACCAAAAGCCGUAAAAGCUUGCCAAAAGUCCAAGAAGGCAAAGUCCAAAGCUACCCCCUCCAAACCGAGCCCAGUGAUCGCAGUAAACAGUUGCUCUAAAUCACCAAGUGUUGCAAAGACCAGCACUAAGUCUCCUAAAUCUAGAACUGCAGAUGGACCAAUGGCUGAAGUGGACAAAAGGAACACUGCGUGUUGCAAAAAACCUGCUAAAGAACAAAAUCUCAGUAGCCCAAACAAAACUAAAUUGUCUGUCCAGAAAGCCAAACUCUCCACAAGUGUUAAAGACCUGUCUCAUGUUGGUCCAGAUAAACCAACAAAACCAGCUGGGAGCAGAAAUUCCAAAGUUACUACAAUACAGAGUAAAACAGGAAUUGGAAAGGAAAAAGGGAUCUCAGAAAUUCCCAAGAGAAGCAUUAAGUCAAAAUCGAAGGGUAGCGAAGCUGUGGUGAAACCAACUAAAACACGAAAAAGCAAGCAGUCAUUAGAUGUUUUGGAAUCGGGUGCAAAGGCUAAAGGCAAAGGCAGUAAGAAAAAGAGCAAAAGUCUGCCCAUUUCAGUGGACCUGUCCAAAGUGAAUGUGAUGGUUGCAGCUGAUCAUGCAGUUAAGAAACCAAAGAAGGUUAAGAGCAAAAGCAAAGAGAAGGACAAUGACCCCAAGUUGAGUUCCCUCGCCAUUACUUCUCCAUCUUCCAAGACCCACCCUGCCACCGGCAAAUCUUGUCUGUCGCCCAAACCAACCAAAUCCAAACCAAAGAUGAAAUCCACUGCAGCAGUGCCAAAAGAGAAAGCCAUCAGAGAGAAGACUUCCAAGGCAAAGUCGAAGAAAAAGCUGGACCUGUGUAUGAGUCCCCUACCGGUCGCUUCACAACUCCCCCUGAAUACCCACUCGGAAAACAGUAUCCCCCCAGUCUUGGAAAUUGCCACCAAAACACCUAAGAAAGUUUCCAAGACAAAGAAGUCUACCAAGAAGUCCAAGUCAGGGAAAUUCAAGAGUUGCAAAUCUAAAGUACUGAGUUCUACCAUUGUGCAUACCGACGGACUGCUCCAAGUGGCUACUAAACUGCACAAGAGAUCAAAGACUUGUAAAAUUGGUAAAAAAGAGAAGAAAGGCAAAAGGGUUAAAAAGCACAAAACGAAAGAGAAGUUAAAGGAGUGUAUUCCCGAAAGACUGCAUCCACCACCGGCUAGACUACCACUGGGUAGCACGUCUCCUCUACACAUCCUCAUUCCAGAUGAGGAACCCAUUGCGUCACCCUUGUCCUCACCCCCCUGUCCUCCAAGUAAGGGCAAGGGCAAGAAAUCAGGCUCUGGUGUGGCAAGGCUUAUGAGCGAAUGGCUCCUUGAAAAUGGCAAUGAAGAGGAUGAUGAUGAGGAGACUAUCAUGCUCCAUCAGGGCAAGCAGCUCCAGAGAUCUCCAAAGAUUGACAGCUCCAAAUCCAGCAAAACCUGCAGUCCCAACAAAGAGGCAUCAGCACCAGUCUCACCCAUCAGCUCCUCGUGUCUUGGAACACCCACCAAAAUGCCACACGUCUUUGCCGAACCCGUAAAGGCGCUGCACGAAGCUGCCAAGAAAAGACCACUGAACGUUGAUCCCAUACGUCCAGAGAUAAUGGAGGGCUCCAAGGAGAAGCAGCAUAAGGAGCAGACACCCUCACCUCAGAGUGCCACCACUUGCAUGAGUGAGGAAACAAUGUUCAGCGACAGUGGCAUCGGGACUGACAACAACAGCAAUCCAGAUCAGCAUGUGUUGGACAAGCACAGGCGUCGAUCGGUACCUUCUGUCACCGAAUCGGACAUGUCAAGCGAGCUCCUGGAAACUCAUCCCCUGGCUACCUCAGCUCAUGGUCUUUACAGCUAUGGCAAGAAAGACAAGCACCGCAAGUUGAUGAACUGGCAUUUUGGUCCACAUAGGAAGAGACGGAAGAAGUACCGCUUCAUGAGACAGCCCGGCAGAAUGAGCCCUGCUUUUGUGUUUGAGUUGGACGCCGUCAUCAUGGAGUUACGGGCACUGCAGCUGGAAAAUCUGGAAGAUAUAAAUGAUAUCACAAUGGUAAUGCCGAAAGCCACUGACAAGGAGUUAGAACCUAAGAAUCACCUGUCGGCCAUUGCCAAGUUGAAUCCAAACUACAGCAGUUACCUAAGACCAUCUUACCUGGCCACAGUUCUCAGUAAUCCCCACUCCAAAACAAACAAGCACAAAUCAGGCAAGAAGAAGAGGAAGGAAAAAGAGGAGAAGAAGAAGAGGGAGUGUUUUGUUGGGGAGGAGAAAAACAGACAAGACCAGAGGGAGCAGUACUUAAGUAACUCAGGCAGCCAAGAAACCGUGUCAUGCAAUACUUCCCAGGUUGCCUCCAGACCAUCCAGACUUGAUGUCAAUGAAUGCCAAGAAACUGAUUCUAGCCCUCAUGAUUUUGAUCCUGCAGUGAGUGACGUGGUCUCAUUCAGCACAAAGGUGAACUUUCCUUCAUGUACACCAGCCUUUGGGAAUAAGAGAACUGAACCAAUCGUCACAAAUGAUAGGAAACAGGAAGAUGCAGACCAAAGGGAACAGACAGCAACUGUGGUAGAAACUGAGCUGUCUUCAAACAGGAGGACACCAGGGAAAGUUUCAUCUAAAAAUGUAAGGUCAAAGAGGACUAAAGCUGCUAAAUCCAGUGGUACUAAACCAUCUUCUGGUAUUGAUUCUAAAGAGGAAAAUGUAUUGCACAGUGGACUGGAUGAGCAGCAACUCUCCAUUGCAACAAAUCAACAUGAUGGCAGUGGUCAACCAACACCAAGUGCUGAACGUGGUUCAUCUGUCCUGGAUGAUGGAACUGUUCAUUACAUAGCAGACUCUGCCAGCAUCGCCAGUGACUGUGACACUGUGGAAAAUGGAGAAAGUAGACUCAGUAAACAUUCACUGAAUUUAAAAGUGGAAGAAACAUCUGCAGUUACUGAAAUUGCCCAGAAGGCCACUGUGCCCCACAAAUCACAGCCAGAACUUGGCAUGUCUUCAUUACCCGAAGCCACUGUACCGUCUGACGCAGUUCCCGCUAAUGCAAAGUCACCUGUCAAGAGGCGGAGGAAGAAGAGAACCGCCAGGUUCACUUCGUCCAAAUCCAAAGCAUACAUAAAGAGGAAGCUGGAAGUGUUGAAAAAGAAGGCUGAAGAUGAGGCACUUUUGGCUAACCAGCAGCAGAAAGAAGGGGACAUGAGCGAGUCCGGUCAAAGCAACAAAGUUGGGAAUGCAUCUGCCGAGUGCACUAUUGCUGCAGAUGUUGAGAACAAUAAUAUCCUAGAGCAGAAAGAAGAAGUCACAAAUACAUGCCACCCACCUGAAAUGCCGGCAGAACAAGGAAAGCAACUUCCCACAGCACCCACAAAUUGCACACUGUCCGAAGGAUCAAAGGUCCUGGCUUCUCCAUUGGCUGAAGAGACUAAGAAGAAGAUCAAAGCAGGGAAUGAGUCAGUGCUGCAGAAGAAAAGAACGAAGAAACCAAAACUAGACAAGAGUAGGGUGGAUGCUACCAAUGGGUGCAUUCAGGGAAGUGAAUGUUGUACCGAAAGUGUUGGACCGUGUACAAAUGAUAUGCUUGUAGUGGAGUCUGAUAGAAUACUUAGCAUGGACAAACUGGUAGAUUCUGUCAAAGCCUCCAUCCAGACAGGUUCAUCUGGGGAUGGAAGAGGUGAACCAAAGACCACCAAAGGCAAAAAGGGUGCUUCCCCAAAACUCUCCAAAGGCCCUGGUAGUAGAGCCGAGAAAGAGUCCCACAAGCCAGAACCAGGCCCUGUCAGUGCGGUCGGAGCAUUAGCAGAUAACAUCUUUGAUAGGUUGAAAACUAGCAGCGACCCAGCACAGGCACAUGAAGGAUCGCAGGGAACUGGUAGUGCCACUGGCAGUGGUCAUUCUCAGUCUCCCAAAUCAAUAGUAGCUGACAGUAGAGACACAGUUGGUAUGCAGACAGCAGGUAAGACCAACAAGAAGCAAACCAGUAAGCAGCAGAGGGGUGAGGCCAAGCAACCCAAAACAGCAGGAAGGAAGAGAAGCUACAAGACCAAAGCAGUGGUAGAAGAAGCCAGAGAUGCAUCCGCAGGAACAUCUGCAUCCAAGAGGAGCUGUAAGGUUGAGAUAUGCCUGGAUUUGGUCCUCGCAGGUACCACGGACAACCCUUCAGUGACUCCUCAACAGGGUCUCAGUGUAAAUAGCCUAGGUAGCACUGCGCAAACAUGUCAAACCCAGUCAAUAUCAGACACAGCAUCUAAACAAGAGAACAGUGCCCCAGUCUCUGAUUCAACCAACACAGAGAGGCUUCAAGAUAGGAUGCUGUUGAACAGUAAUACCCCACCUAUGGAUGGUGCUGUGGAAAUUAACUCGAAGACACUGGAAUUGGAGACAUUCACAGUGGCCAAAAAUCCCACCAAGACGAAAACUUUGAAGGUGCAGAAGAAGAAACUGCAAAUGAGCAAAGUGCCAAAGAUUGUCCUAAAGAGAACGCUGGACACAGCAGCUGUGGAUGAAUCCUCCAAGCCACUCAAGAAGCGCAAACUCAUGAAGGAGCCUCUUGUUACUUGUGCAGAUAAUUCACUCAUCAGUUUACCGUCACAGCCCUCCACGAGCACAGCUCCAUUCCCAACCCCCUGCAUGCCUCCCUCAACUCUGAACAGCAAAUCCCCAGACAAAAUGGCCAGCAGCCCCCAGCCGUCCUCUGCCUCCAAGAUGAAGAAGGUCAAACCCCAGGUGUCGAUCUGCAGAACCACAGUGUCCCUAGGCGGGCCCAAGUCUCCCAUGACAGUCUCGUCCAGUAGAGGCUGUGCUCGACAACAGGGCAAGAAGAGGCCAUUCCCCAAGAAGAGCUACUGGAAAGCAGGCAUCUACUCCAGCACCUUCAAGAUAGAUCCACUGGCCACCCCAGCGGAAGAAGAGAGCAAAGAUGAGGUAACCGAUCAAGCAGGCGUGGCAGAGGACGAAGCAGAGAGCAGCUUGCUCCCUCUACCAAUUUUAUCUGGUUCCGUAUUCUGGGAAGAAGAGGAUGAUUUCCAGUUGCCCUAUGACUUGUGGUGGCUCCACGCACACAACAAGCUAGCCAACAGAUGCGAUCCUUCAAAGUACAAGAAGCUUAAGAACAAUAUCUAUUAUGACGUGAAGCCCAUAUGUAGCACGCAGAAUUCGUGUAAUUGUCGCAGACCCAAGGAUGGAAUUCAGAAAGGAUGUGGCGACGACUGCCUCAACAGAAUGGUCCUGAGUGAAUGCUCACCGAGCACCUGUCCCUGCGGGGAAUUGUGCUGUAACCAGAGAAUCCAGAAGCAUGAGUGGGCGCCAGGACUGCAAAGAUUUAUGACUAAGGAUCGGGGCUGGGGAAUCCGGACCAAGCACCCCAUCAAGGGCGGGGAAUUCAUCCUGGAAUACGUGGGGGAGGUCAUCAGCGUUAAGGAGCUAUGGAAGCGAGCCCUGAGCGAUUACCAGUACCAGAAGCACCACUACUACCUCAACCUGGACUCGGGUACCGUCAUCGACGGGUACCGGUACGGCAAUGAGGGCCGCUUUGUCAAUCACAGCUGUGACCCCAACUGCGAGAUGCAGAAGUGGUCAGUCAGCGGGAUGUACCGCAUCGCUCUCUUUGCCCUGCGGGACAUCGAGGCCAAUCAGGAGCUGACGUAUGACUACAACUUCCACGCCUUCAACCUCGAAACCCAGCAAGAGUGCAUGUGCGGGAGUGCCAACUGCAGAAGGACCAUCGGGGGCAAGACGCAGAAACUGAACGGCGUGGUCAAGAAGGAGACUAAUCAGGGCAAGAAGACGGGCAAGAAGUGUGGCCGGCCAGUCAAGGACAAGAAGAAGUUACAGAACCAACUCAAGAAGCGGGAGAACGUGGCUGAACAACUGAGUGCCUUAAAGACCCUACGGCUGAGGUUACCCCGGCCGAUGUCUGUCCGUGAGAUGAAUCUCAUUGCUGACAGGCGGGUUUUUCUUCUGCGGAACAUCGAGAAGGUCAAGCGCGUCCGAGAGGCACUCUUGAAGGCCAGGCAGGGGAAUAACUCCGUUAAAGUCAACAAUCCCGACACCAAUAAGAAAGACGUGUUCAUGGCACAGUUCACCGCCCUGAAGACGUCCCGCUCGGUGAAGACGCGCCGACUCGCAGCGGCUGAGGUCAACCAAGAGGUCACAAAGGCGGCCAGACUUGCCCAGGUCUUCAAGGACAUCUACACGGUGGUGUGCACCUACAGAGAUGCCAACGGGCAGAGCCUGGCCAUACCGUUCAUGAACAGGCCGUCCAAGAAGAGGAACCAAGACUACUACCAGCGUAUCCCCGACCCGAUUGACUUGAGCACCAUUGAGAGGCACAUCAUGUCUGGCUACUACAAGACGGUGGAGAAGUUUGACGAACACUUCAUGCGCGUCUUCAGAAACGCAGAGAAGUAUCAUGGCAAGAAGUCUGAGUUGGGUAAGGAUGCUGCUGUCCUACGCAAGGCCUACCUCAAGGCCAAGGUAGACAAUGCUAAGUUCUUUGAAGACAUCCUAGGAGAACCACAGAAAGAAAAAGAGCACAAAGAAGACAGCAAAGCAGCCAAGGAGGAAGAAGAGGAGGAGGUGAUUCGCUGUCUGUGUGGGCUGUUCAACGACGAAGGGCUCAUGAUACAGUGUGAACAGUGCUUUAUAUGGCAGCACUGUGACUGCAUUGACAUGAAGGAGCCUGCCGAGCAUUAUCUCUGUGAACUCUGCCAGCCGCGACCAGUACCCAAGGAGAUCGGCAUGGUGCCCCAGCCCAAGUUUGCACAGCCUGAUCAGACCUACUACCUGUGCCUGGAAAGAGACAAGACACUGACCGUCAGACAAGGUUACUGCGUCUACCUUGCCAACGAUAACCAACAUCGAAGUGCUGAUGGGUCCACGAUCAAGACCGCGGCUGAAGUCAUGGCUGACGUCAACCCUGCUGAGCUCAACAUAUUCAGAGUAGAGAAACUGUGGAAGACGGAAAGCGGUGAGAAGUUUGCCUUCGGCCAUCAUUUCCUGAGACCCUACGAGACUCACCACACUCCCUCCCGGAAGUUCUUCCAGAAUGAGCUCUUCCGAGUCCCGCUGUAUGAGAUCAUUAAGCUGGAGAUCAUCGUGGGAGUCUGCUGUGUCAUGGACCUUUACACCUACUGCAAGGGGAGGCCAAAGGGAACUGAGGAGAAGCACGUGUACAUCUGCGAGUACCGCCUAGACAAGACCGCUCAUCUCUUCACGCCCAUCAGCCGGAAUAAGUACCCCAUCUGUACCAAGUCCUACGCCUUUGACAAGUUUGACAAGAAGCUGAUGCCCAAGAGAGACUACUCGCCACACCAUGUACCAGAGCAUUUCAAGAGGGGUUAUGGUGGCCGCACCACGUGCAGCAAGGACAAGUCAGAGAGGGAGGAAGGGGAGGGGCAACACGACAGAGGGGGUGACGACUCUCAGGGGGCAUCACAGUAUGCCACCGCCGGUGGGAAACAACAGCAGAGGAGCAAGGUCAAGUCGGCUAAGAGUAACGCCAGCAGCAGUGCAGACGAGGACCAAAAGCAGAAGAAGAUCAACAAGAAGCGGGAGAAGGAGCAGUCCCUGGCCGCCAGGCGACAGAUGGAGCAGCAGAAAGCGGAGCGGAUGGCUGGCCAGAAGGAUCGGCUGAAUGGCCUCCUGCUGGGACUGCUUGCCAAGCUACCCAGCAAGCAACCUGUUGAUCUGACCUAUUUAUUGGAGGAAGGACACGGCAAACGACGCUGCAAGAGACCACCCCACUCGUUGGAUGGAUUCUUCUGACAGCGCUGAAAAGGGUGGGGGGGCCAACUUGGAUGGCAUCGAGAAACUCCACAUUUGCAGAAGGCGAUCUUUACAGUCGGCAACUGGCCGGUGAUUGCCUGAAGGCAAGGCGGGCUUUGCAGACAAGUUACGUCACGUUUUCACAAAGGUGGACUCUGCUGGGUUAUCCAGUCUGCUGCCGCAGACGGUGCACUGCACUGAGUUGUCAGACCAAAACCUGACUGCCCAACCCUACAAGCAGUGACAAGAUGAAAACCAGUAGGCUGUACUUGUAAUGUUCUUAGUUAUGAUGUAAAAUGUGUUGGGAUUGCAGACUGAUACAUGGAAAAUGAUGCUACUCAGAGUUACCAAUAGAUCGUUGAGGGCCCUUCAGAUAUUGGGUAGAAGUAGGCGUGUCUAAAUGAGACCAUAUCCCUCAGACCUUAGCCAUGCUCAGCGAUACCAGAUUUUGUGUAUUUAUAUUUGCAUCUUGACGGAAUUACAUUAUAAGAGUGUGGAAGGUAAUGCCUGUUACUCACACGAUGGCUUCAACUAUGUGUUCUUGCCAUUUUGUGGGAAGUAAUCUCCAAGUUUAAGGUAGUCAUGCUAGGUUCAGUUUGCUGCUUGUGUAGAGAAUGAACUUCCAUAGGAGUAUUUAGUUAAGUCUCCUUGUUUUUACGGCUUAAAUUAUAUUUGAGAGAAACAAAGCAUAAACUGAUCUUAUAAUUUUGCAUUGCCAGUUCCUAACAGUGCUUACUGCACUUUUUCAUUCUUGGCUUUUUUCCGCUUUUUUAAAUUCUGUGUCUCAUUUGUUAAAAAAAAAAAAAACAGGCUGUUUGUAAUUACUACAUGUAUAUAGAUUUGUGUAUUGAAGAGAGCAGGCCAGGACAGAAAUAGGGUAGGGAACGAGAUUGGGGCAAAGUACGAUCACCAAGAUUGUCCUGGAGUUUGGCCCGGUCAAGGCAGCGUUGGUCUUGUGUUUUGACCGGGCCAUGCACGAGCCCGCCUCACCAGUGAUUAACCUUGCGGAGGCUUUGCUGUUUUUGUCUAUGCAAUAGUGUUACGGUGGUCCGCGUCCAGCCAGUUUGCAGUGUACCAAAGAUGUAAAUUGUGUAAUGAUAGUCACGAGGCAGGACGAAAUACGAUAAUCAAAUUAUCGAGUAGUGGGAAGGACGCAGCGCUCUGAUGGGCAAAUGGGUGGACGAAAUUGAGGGGGGUUUGUCUUUUUGGGUGGUUUUUUUUUUGUUUUGUUUUGUUGUGUGUAGGUUCAGGAAUAAAUUUCAAAGCCAUUUUUGUGUGGAAUCUACUGAAAAGUUUAAAAAUGUACAUAGUAUACAAAAUGUUAAUGAUGGUAGUCAUAUUAGCUGUUUCUUGUAAAUGAACUAUAGCAGUUUAAGGUUGAAAACCACCGGAAUGUACAAAUUAAAACUACCAUUUAAAAAAAAAAAGAAGAGAUUAUGUUAGGAAUACUGAGACUUUGUUGGAAACUGUGGUCCCAUCCAUGUCAUUAAAUGGCUGUAUUCUGUAGUUGAUCGUUCUUGGGGAAAAAAAAAACAAACAACAAAAUCAUCAAAAAGAACUGAAACAUGUGCAUGUGAAUAGCAAAGGUUAAAAUGAAUUGUUUUGUGUUAAUGGCGAUGUCCCACGGCUAAGUAUGUUGCACAAGUAUUGCUUUGAAAAUGUUGCAAAAUGACAUUCAGGAGAAGCUGGAUAUAGCACUGUGGAUAAUAACAAUAUAUUUUAUCUGUGAGGAAGUCUGUAUUCACUUUACAGAACUGUUAAUCUAGUUUUGCUCGGUCAGUUCUAUUGCCCGCUGUCGCAGUUGAUUAAAUAACUAGUCUAAAGCUGUGUUGGUUCUGUUAUGUGUACCAAAACACAAAUUUAAUAUAUUAUACAUCAGUCAUUGUUGAUUUACUGAUUUCUUGAACGAAAAAAGUGCUUGAAAGAACAGUAUUUCACUUGUCACUCCAUCGCAAAAAGGUGUGAUGGCCGUCGCAGUUUGCUGAUCAUGUGAUUAUGUGUUGAAAUUCUUGUUUCCUAAAAAAAAAAAAAGGCUGUACAGAAUUAUCGGUGUGGUGUAUUCACUAGGCUGAUUUGGGCAGUUCAGUGACUGACUUGUCAGGACUCUGGGCGGGGGAGGGGGUUAGCCCCACGUAGGACUUAUUUCAGUCCUUGUACUGGAUGAUUUUUCUUCUCGAGUGUUGUAGAAGAGCUAUACUUCUGGCACGUUCGUUUUAGUCAGCUUCUUUUUGCAGGAAAUGAGGAACAGUUUUUCAUAGACAUUGCUCGGAAAUCUGAAUCUUUUGAGAAGUUAAAAAAGUGCACGUUUGUCCUCUUGUGAAGGAUUUAUUCCCACCGCUCUGUACUAAAUUUAAUGGAUAGACUAUCCCUCGCGGUAAAUCGACCUACCUAGAUGCAGUUGCUAAUCUGGAACCUUGGGGUGUUUUGUUAAUUUUUUUUUAAUCGCUGUUUUUCUUUAUGGGGGGGUGGUCGAUUUUGGUUUUGAUUAAGGUGCAAUUUGUACAGCUUUUUAAAUGGUGUUACGAUGCAGAGUUACAGACACAACUUACCAUUUAUUUCCCCCUUGAUUUGUAAUUGUCACCCACACUGUCAGAUGAUGAUAAAAGCUUUGUCGGUGGUAGCGAAAAAAACACCAUUCCAAGACUCAUACACGAUAUGGAAUACACACUGUUACCCCCGCAGCCAUCAGAAGGUGGCAAGAACUGAUUUGUGUACACCACUUUUUUCCCCAAGACUUCAAGUUUUCAGCCACUGGGUUUAUUUCACGAAAGAACUUGAAGGAAAGAACCUGCUUGUCAGAUUGCAAGAGCAAUCAGAUGAGCAGCUCUUGUAGUCAUGUUAAAGGUUUUAGCUCUGGUUUCAAACUCUGGGAUGUGCCUCAUAAAGGAAGCAAUUUCUAAUAUUUCGAGAUGCUGAAUGUUUUGAGAUCGCCUGUUUUUAAUUUCUAUUUAUGUAUUCAUUUUAAAAGUAUUUUGAAAGGGGGCACCUGGCAGGGUAAGCAUUUUACCACGGUAAAGAACCGUAAUCGUGUUUGAAGAAGAAUUUAACGAAAGUGUUACAGAUUGUCAAAUACUAACCCUUCAAUAUAUUUUGAUUGAUGUAAAUGCUAAAACCUUCCAGUCAUUACACUAGAAUUUUUAUUUUCCAAUCACGUCGGUGUCAUGUACAUUAUGAUUGAGAGACAGCCCACGUUUUCAAUUUUCCGACACAGCUGAAUAUUUUUGGACUUUUUUUCCUUAAUGAAUAAUAGGAUUAAAAUGUUGUUCCACCGUCUCACAAGGAUUUGAAGAGGAUUUUAUGAACUUUUAACGAAAAUGCUUGUAAAAAAUCUUUGUUGUUUGUCUGUUUCGAUAACCAGUACUGAUCAAUGCGGUUGUUGCACUUCUGAAUUCGUUCUCCCUUUUAAAGUAAAAGCGUUUUACUGUGUGAAGGGAAGAAAUAUUGCUUUAAUACUUUGCACUGCUAAAAAAAAUCUACCCCGCUCUUUCUAACACUGCUGAAAGGAGUUGUCACUUGGUUUCGUUUGCUUUCAAAUUCCAAACAAGAGAAUGUACUUUUACUGCAAAAGGUGGUCUUCUUUUCUGUAGAGAAAAUUUAUCAGUAUAAACCACACCGUACCGUAUCGUUUUUGUUUUUCAAGUGUUUAUAUGUUCACCAAAAAAGCAUAUUUCUUUUUCUAAGUUACUUACAAACUUGCUGAACGUUGUAUUGCAUCGAUGAGGUUAUCCAAACACCCAUGCCCGUAUAUAGGGAUGUAAGUCCUCUGACAUGCUCUCCUCAACUUUAAGACAACACAUUGACAGUACUGCUGUGUGUCAACUGUUCUCGCAACCUGCAGAGAUUUCGGACAGAAAAUGCCAGAGCCAUCUUACAUCCCUACAUAAUAUGCGGAGAGGAGCGGCUUGUCGAUUCACUUUUUGUUAGGCUUUGCCAAAAGUACAUCCCGAUUUGUACGUAUUGUAAAAUUUUGAGAAGAAAAUGGCAAGGAUAAAAACUGUCAUAUAAUACCAAA